GUUGGUGUAUUACCUCAUUCACAGUUUUUAUUGUGAUGGACCUCUUCAUCCCUCCCCGCUGUGACCUCUCCCUCUUCAUCCCUCCCUAUAUAUACCCUUCUUGCGACUUUUUCUCUCUGAGCUGAAAUUAAAGCCUACGAAAACCAAACCCAGUACCUCCCCAUCUGAGAUGUGAAGAUGAAAACUCUCAAUAGCCCCCACUAUCACCACCACUACCACUCUCUCACCUCAAACAAACUCUUCUUAUAUGUCACACUACUCUCUCUAAAAGCUUCAUCAGCGUCCAUUAAUGGACUCUCCAAAGACUCACAGCAACUUCUGAACUUCAAAGCUUCACUUUCAAGUCCAAACACACUCCAAAACUGGCAUUUCAACAAAAACCCAUGUAAUUUCACUGGAGUAUUAUGCAGAGAUUCUAGAGUAUCGUCAAUAGAUCUGAGCUUUGUUCAUCUAAAUCUCGAUUUUGGAUCUGUUUGUUCUUUUCUGAUUACUCUUCCCAAUUUAGAGACCCUUUCGUUGAAGAGCACAAACCUCACUGGUUCGCUCAAAUGGGUUGCUAAAUCUCGAUGCAGUGAGUCUCUCAGCUCGAUAGAUGUAGCCGAAAAUGGCCUCUCGGGUUCGAUUUCGGAGCUCUCCAGCUUGUCCUCUUGCUCGAGCUUGAGGACUCUGAACCUCUCCAAGAACAACCUCGAUUUCACAGUUGUUGCCUACGCUGAUCUAAACCUCAAUUUAGAGUUUCUUGAUCUCUCCAACAAUCGGAUUUCCGGCGAAAGCGUCCUCCCCUGGCUGUUCUCUGGUGGCUGCGGCAACCUCCGAUACUUGUCCUUGAAGGGGAACAAAGUCGCCGGAGCUAUUAUUCCGGUAUCUAAGUGUCUUACCUUGGAACAUCUCGAUCUCUCUCAGAACAAUUUAAGCUCAACUUUUCCUACUUUCAGCGACUGCUCUGUUCUGCAGCAUCUUGACUUGUCGUCGAACAAAUUCUCCGGCGACAUUAGCACCGUCCUCUCCGGCUGCAAGAGCCUGAGUUUCUUGAACCUCACCAACAACCUGUUUUCGGGUCCCAUUCCGAAGAUUCCGAGUGGGAGCAUAGAGCUGCUGUACCUCUCCGGCAAUGAUUUUCACGGCGAGAUACCAUGGUAUGUCACUGAUGUAUGUUCGAGCUUAGUAGAGUUGGAUAUUUCUGAGAACAAAUUGUCUGGUACUGUUCCUGAAAGCUUUAGUUCAUGCUCUUCUUUGCAACUUUUUGACAUCUCUAGUAACAACUUCUCUGGUGAACUACCAAUUGAUACCCUUCUCAACCUCACCAAUUUGAAGACUUUGGUGUUGUCAUUCAACAAUUUCGAUGGUGGGUUGUCUGAUUCACUCUCCAAAUUGCCAUAUUUGGAGACUUUGGAUUUGAGUUCUAAUAAUCUUUCUGGUUCUAUUCCAUGGGAACUUUGUGGUCAAGACCAUGGAAAGAGCUUGAAAGUGCUCUAUCUUCAGAACAAUAAUUUCAAUGGUCCAAUCCCAGAGAGUCUGAGUAACUGUUCGGAGUUGGUUUCGCUUGAUCUGAGCUUCAAUUUCCUCAAUGGGACGAUUCCGUCUAGCUUAGGGUCGCUGUCGAAGCUGAAAGAUUUGAUCAUUUGGUUGAAUCAGCUUCAUGGGGAGAUACCAAAUGAGCUUAUGUACAUCCAAACACUGGAGAAUUUGAUUCUUGAUUUCAAUGAAUUGGAGGGUACAAUUCCAGCUGGUUUGGGGGAUUGUACUAAUUUGAAUUGGAUUUCCUUAUCGAACAACCGGUUGAGUGGUGAAAUUCCGGCCAGCCUUGGCCGGUUGGCGAAAGUUGUGAUCAUCAAGCUCGGAAACAACUCGAUCAAUGGAAGCAUCCCACCGGAGCUGGGAGAUUGUCGUAGCCUACUAUGGUUGGAUCUCAGCACCAAUAAGUUGAGUGGGACUAUUCCUCCUGCUUUGUUCAAACAAUCUGGCAAUAUUUCAGUGUCAUUGCUCACCGGAAAGCGAUAUGCUUAUAUCAAGAAUGAUGGUAGUAAGCAGUGUCAUGGAGCUGGGAAUUUGCUUGAGUUUGGAGGAAUCAGACCGGAACAGUUGAAUAGAAUCUCUACGAAGCAUCCCUGCAACUUCACUAGAGUGUACAAUGGCUUUAUUCGGCCCACUUUCAAUCACAAUGGGUCGAUGAUUUUUCUUGACCUUUCUUACAAUAUGUUGGAUGGUAGUAUUCCAAAGGAGCUUGGGUCCAUGCACUAUCUCUCUGUAUUGAAUUUGGGGCACAAUGAUCUCUCCGGUUCUCUUCCUGAAGAACUUGAUGGCUUGAAUAAUGUAGCCAUUCUUGAUCUGUCCUAUAAUAGGUUUAAUGGGUUGAUUCCACAAUCCUUGACUAGCCUUUCAUUGCUUAGCGAGAUUGAUCUGUCGAACAACAAUUUCUCUGGGAUGAUUCCUCAAGUGCCUCCAUUUGAUACACUUCCGGUUUCCGGAUUCAUGAAUAAUUCAGGCCUUUGUGGCUAUCCUCUUCCAACUUGCGGGACUUCUAACUCCGGAAACAGCCAGCAUCAGAAGUCUCACAGGAGACAAGCAUCUCUUGCAGGGAGCGUGGCGAUGGGACUGUUGUUCUCCCUAUUCUGCAUCUUUGGUCUGAUAAUAAUUGCCGUUGAAACCAAUAAAAGGAGGAAAAAGGAGGCGGCUUCUCUCGAAGCUUAUAUUGAUGGUCAUUCCCAUUCAGGUACUGCAACUACCGCAUGGAAGCUACCCAGUGUUCGGGAGGCAUUGAGCAUCACCCUGGAGACAUUUGAAAAGCCCCUUAGGAACCUCACUUUUGCUGAUCUUCUUGAAGCCACGAAUAGGUUCCACAUUGACGGCCGUAUAGGCUCGGGUGGCUUUGGUGAUGUCUACAAAGCCCAAUUGAAAGAUGGUAGCAUUGUAGCAAUCAAGAAACUAAAACACAUUAGUGGGCAGGGUGACCGGGAAUUCACUGCUGAAAUAAAAACCAUUGGGAAGAUCAAGCAUCGAAACCUCGUUCCUCUUUUGGGGUAUUGCAAGGUGGGAGGAGAAAGGCUUUUGGUUUAUGAGUACAUGAAGUAUGGGAGCCUAUUCGAUGUUUUACAUGACCGGAAGAAUAUUGGGAUCAAAUUAAAUUGGGCUGCGAGGAGGAAAAUUGCGAUUGGGGCUGCAAGCGGAUUAGCAUUCCUUCAUGAUGAUUGCACUCCUCGUAUAAUUCACAGGGAUAUGAAAUCGAGCAAUGUACUGCUCAAUGAGAACUUGGAAGCUAGGGUUUCUGAUUUUGGUAUGGCACGGCUCAUGAGCGCGGUGGACACACACUUGAGUGUCAGCACACUAGAAGGCACUCCUGGUUAUGUCCCUCCUGAAUACUACCAGAGCUUUAGAUGCUCAACGGAAGGCGAUGUUUACAGCUAUGGUGUAGUGUUGCUUGAGUUGUUAACCGGGAAACAACCAAUAGAUUCAUCUGAUUUUGGUGACAAUAAUCUUGUGGGGUGGGUGAAGCAGCAUGCCAACAUGAAAAUAAGUGAUGUCUUUGAUCCACGGCUAAUGAACGAAGAAGUCCCCGGCUUAAGGAUUGAGCUGCUGCAGCACCUGAAGGUAGCUUGUGCAUGCUUGGAUGACCGACCGUGGCUACGCCCCACCAUGAUUCAAGUCAUGGCAAUGUUCAAGGAAAUCCAAGCAGGGUCCGGGAUUGAUUCCUCGUCCGCCAUUGGCACGGAUGAUCAAAGUUUUAGUGCAGUUGGAGGGAUAGAAAUGAGCAUAAAAGAGGACACUAAGCUGGGAAAGCAGUAGGUGAUGAAACUACUACAAUUUUCCAAAAAAUUCUUUGAAAAGGAAGAAGGGAGUGAAGAUUUAUUUAUUGAGCUCCCAAAUUUUCCCACUCUUUUACCAACUUUAAAAUGGAAUAAAAAUCUCUCUUGUAUAUUUGUAACAGUUCAUGUAAGUACCAUUAGUUAAUGUUGUUAAACAUAAAAAAAUUUGUUAAACUUGUUGUAACACUGGUACAUAUGGUAGCUUGAAUCUGUUGGAGUUGAUUUUGUUGUUAGUUCAUCUUUGAAACUUAACAUUGGAUUAAGAUCUAAUCCUCGAAAGAAGCUGUUGGAUCUAUGACCUCAUUGUUAGUGACAAAGUGAAGGGCUUUUUUGGUCCUUUCUUCAUGGUA